AUGCGUUUGUUGUUGUUGUUGUUGUCAGAUAUAUCCAAAGUCCAGAAGAAGUGUAGCACAAGAGCACUUGACGGCAGCCACCUCAAGAUCGAACAGGUUAACAUAUGUGACUGUAUCGAGGUGACAGGGACUCCUCCCAACACAAGCAAGGACACCGUUUUCUAUUACUUUGAUAAUCCAAAAAAUGGUGGAGAAGUGAAAAACGUGGAAAUGGAUGCAGAACACGCAAGAGCUUUGGUGUUCUUCGWGGAUCCAUCAGUUGUAAACACCGUGGUUCAAGGCAAUCACACGAUAAAUGGCGCAAACCUGAAAGUGGUUCCGUUUUACCCCUUUCUUGGUGAGUCAUCAGCCGACCCUGGAGGAGGGAAAAAGGAAAUAGUUAAGAAAGUAGAUCCAGAGGCGAUGGCAUUCAUUAACAAGUUCGAGAAUCCUAAACAAGAAUUCGACCUGCUUCUGCAGGAAAGUCGAGUAAAAUACACGUGGGAGGAAGGUUCAGGGGAGAUUGUUCUUGGUUGUGACGAACCUAAGAUGGACAAGAAGACAUGGGAGAAUUCCUGUGAAUCUGUUGUAGCCUACAUCAAACGGAUUGUGACAGAAAAGACAACCGUGUCAAAAGAAGAAGUGUCGAAGUAUAAGUGUAAAAAGGAUAUAAAAAAAUGUGCAAAAAGAGACAUGAUGACAUGCAAGAGUAAAGGAAGUCAACGUUUAUUCACGUCGAAAGGAAAGAAAAAAGAGAAUGAUGAUGUAUGCCCGAUCUGUUUAGAUGGAUUCCAUGAUCCUACAGUUCUGCCGAAGUGCAAACACAAAUUCUGUAAGAAGUGUAUUGAUCAAGUUUUUCAGCACCGCAAGGCUUGUCCUACCUGUGGAAUGGCCUAUGGAGUGCACACAGGAAACAUGCCACAAGGUACCAUGCACCAGUUUCUGGAACCUUACUUAAAACUUCCGGGAUAUGAAAGACACGGUACCAUUAGGAUUGACUACCAUUUCCCAAGUGGAACACAAGGUACUGAACACCCAAAUCCAGGACAAUAUUACAGUGGAACUUCAAGAACAGCAUAUUUACCCAACUGCCCAGAGGGAAGAGAAGUGUUAGAUUUGCUCAAGAAAGCGUUCAAUGCAAGGCUGACUUUUACCAUCGGAAGGUCUGUGACUACUGGUGCUUCUAAUGUUGUUACGUGGAAUGAUAUACACCACAAGACCAGCCCUUAUGGAGGAGCGACUGGGUAAGUAAAUAAAUUCAUGUUUUA